AUGCUUCAUGAACUUUUAUUAGCCUUGUCUGGAGUUGGAGGCGAGCUUUUCGUUCCUCACCCUCCACCACCUGAGAAGCCAGUUACCUUUAAAGUGCCUGCGGACUUUCCUUUCUUGCAUACAGCUGAACGCUGCUCUCUUGAGCGUCUUGCUAAGUUAGGAUUUCACUACAAAAGCAUAAUAAACUUUCUAGACAGGCAACGUGGAAGAGGAUGGACAGAGUUAAAUGCACGGGAAGAAUUAAUUGAUAGGAGAGAAACCAAACCUCCUGGACUAUUCGUGCAGACUCUUUGUAAUGCCAUUAACGAGGUUUUAUCGGACUAUAGGCAAUUGAUUGUCGAUUCAGAGAAAAGAAUUCUUAAUAAAGACGUUGAUAUGAAUGGUGUCGUACCUAUUGCACAUUUAUCGCAAGCCUUUGGUGAAUAUCAAGUUAUUCUACCGCAACUUCACAAACUAGUCCAAGAAAUAGAAGACAAUCCAGUAAAAUAUCAUGGUGCUCGAUUACUUAACCUCAUUACUGAGAAAUGUAAUACUGGGGUCCCAGAACUGAGAACGAUAAUGUUAAAACUUCUUCAUGCUUGUCACGGAGAAAUAUGGCAACGUCGCUUCGUUCUCGAUGAUUCCUUAAUACCGAGACAUAUACCGCGUCCACUAGCAGAAUCGAUUCUGUUUGUUGGGAAGGCUGUUGCGAUUGUGAGAGAUGCAUCAAAAAUGCCACAUACCAAAACCGAUCUCCCAAAAUCCCUUACGACAUUGCAUCUACAAAAGUUAUUAGAUUUAUCCUCUAGACCACAAUUUCAUCAUAUGGAACUACAGAAUGUAGUCACUAUAAUACGAAACAACGUAGCGCAAUGGCUAUGGCAUGUCGUUCUAACUGGAGAUAAGGUUAUCGAAUGUCUAGAAGCAUUCAGGAAGUAUUUUCUCCUUGGUCAAGGUGACCUCGCUUCUGCUUUAGUUGACCAGUUUGAGAAACUUGCAGUAUCGAGACUUGCAUCUGCGAGGACGUCUGUGGUGAAAGAACAAGAACUGAAUUCGUUACUUGUGCGCGCACAAGUGGGUUCUUCUGUCGAGAAUGAUGCAACGUUUGAUAAAUUCACAUUCAAACUUGCUAAUGACCAACAAACAUCUUCGUCCAGUAUGUUUGAUGACUUUCUUCUUGGAGUACCGCUUCGUCUUGAGUAUGAAAUUACCUGGCCUCUCGAUUUAUUUGUCACAACGGAAGACCUGUCAAAAUAUGGAGAUUUGUUUUCUUUUUUGAUAUCUUUGCGUCGUACUCAACAUCGUCUUGAAAGAGUUUGGGGGCAUCUGUCAGCUAUGUAUAAAUAUGUGGCUAAUGCGACUACGCGACAGGCCAAGGAUUCACUUCUUCUGUGGCGAAUGCGAGCGGCCAUGAUAUUCUUUGUCAACUGUCUUUGGGAGCACGUUCAG